AUGAGAAGAGAGGUGAACGCGUCAGACGCGUGACACAAUAAGUUCCAGACUCUGUGACAUAUGUGACAGGACUUACAAGGAUUUCCAACACCCAGUUGACCAGUGUCUACCAAGUGUUCGCUCCUUCUCCCAUCUUUGCGAUAUUCUAGCUCCAUUUUCUGCUGUCCUGUUGAUUUCUUUUACCUUGGAUCUCUGGUGCAUACUCGUUUAUUGCUCAACACCCGGCAGUCGACUUCAUCUCUCAACAUCGGAACCUGGACAGAAUUGGUCUGGCAUCGUCACAAUGGCCACCAGACCUUCAAGAUCCUCUAGCAUCCCCAUUCCUAGGAGCACUUCUUCUACCUCCCAACCCCGGAAUAUCGAGUCUAUUCUCUCCAUUCCCUUCCCCGUAUCAAGCAGAUCGCACCCAUAUCCAUCCCAGGCUCAUGCUACUCGAGCCAGCGGAGAUGACCACAGAAGCAGCGGAGCACUUGGAGUCAGAGGUGCCAGUAGUGCUGCGAGCACCUCUUCCGUCAGGUCUACUGCGCGUUCCUACCCGCAUUCUCUCGGUUUACCGUCGAGAAGUGCUCCCCGAUCAAACGUCUUUGAACCGCGAGUCAUACGUGCCGACUCCUCACGGAAUGUCGAUCCGGCGUGUUUGCCAUCGUCAAUACGUACUCGCAGACCCAGUGCGACCGGCAGAGCGCCCAGCACCCGGCGACAUUCAGCUGCAAGUAUCGCCCAGGCGGCCCCUACUGUUCCAGUGUCAUUUGCUCGUCCAGCAUAUCUCGAACAUGCUGCGCUUAGGCACCUUCUUCUAACAGAGUCUCCAAUACUUCUACCUCCUUCCUGCAAAGACUCGACCAACGACCGGUCUUAUUCCGGAGCUGUGUCGCCAUCGACAGACAGUGACGAUGACAGUACCGCAAGUCCUUCUCCGCGUGAGAAUCCAACUAUUUCCCUUCCUGCCGUGGAUCAAGUACUUCGUUUGCCUACUCGCUGGUGUGACGAAGUUCGGCAUCAAUCGUUAAAUGUGUCCGCGGAUGGUCGGGAGUUAUUGUACCAAGGGUCAAACUGUAACGGAGACAGAGACACUGCUCACGCCGCCGCAGCUCGAACGGACCACCCUAUCCCCCGAGCCUGCGGUAUCUACUACUAUGAAGUUUAUGUUGGUAGCAAAGAACAGAAGGCGCACAUAAGCAUUGGAUUUACUGGACGUGAUGUUAAGGUGUCUAGGCUUCCAGGCUGGGAACCCAAUUCGUGGGGUUACCACGGCGAUGAUGGCUGCUCUUUCGCAACAGAAAGGAACGGUACGGCCUACGGUCCUACCUAUGGCUUAGGUGACGUCAUAGGUUGCGGAAUUGAUUUCACCACGGAUCGGGCCUUCUUCACUAAAAAUGGCACACUGAUCGGACCUGUUUUCGAAAACGUUGGGAAAAACAUUGACCUUUUUCCUUCUGUUGGCUUACAGCACUCAAACGAGAUGAUCCGAGCCAAUUUUGGUCAUGAGCCGUUCAAAUUCGAUAUCGAAUACCACGUGCAGCAACAGCGAAGUCAGUCGUGGGCUAACAUCCUCACUACGCCUCUGGACCUUUGUCUUUUUGACGAGAGCCGUAGAACAACUUCAUCUGGGGCCAAGGAUGGAGCGCUUGCGUCUCGCGAAGAGUCGACGCCGCUUUUGGAAGACGAGUCAAAAACUUCCAUCAACAAACUAGUCAUAGCUUAUCUAGUCCAUCACGGAUACACGCGAACUGCGAAUGCUCUUCAAAGGCAGCAGAAUAAACUAGGUGAACAUGCUGAGAUUGUUCCCGAUGGAGACGUGGAUAUGGACACCGACGUACCUCCACGGCCAAGUUACGAAGGGGAUGUUGAGUCUCGUACUCGUAUAGUGAACUCGGUAAUGACUGGUGAUAUCGACGCCGCUCUUUCGGAGACGCAAAAAUGCCACCCAUCGGCAUUAGACGCGGAGGAGGGCUUGAUGUUGUUCAAGCUACGCUGUCGCGAGUUUGUCGAGCUAGUCUUAAAGGCUUCAGAGAUGAAAAAGGCCAUGAGACCAAAGCCGCACGCUCUUCCUGACGUCAGCGACAGUGACUCGGAGAUGGUGGAUGGAAUGGACCUUGGAGACGACAUGAGCAUGGAUAUCGACGAUGGUGUCAGUAAUGGUGUUUCUAUGAUGGCAGCAGAGAAGUCUGUGGCUCGAUGUGAAAAGUCUCUCGGUGAGGCGAUUGCAUAUGGGCAGUCCUUACUGACGGACUACAAAUCGGAUCAAAGACCAGAGGUAAAAGAGAUGUUCAAGAAGACUUCUGUGAUCCUUGCGUGGGAUGACCCUUUGGAAGUUGGGGGGUCGGCGACCGAAGUCGCUGGGAUUGAAGCUAGGAUUGCACUCGCGAAUGAGCUCAACCAAGCUAUCCUGAAAUCCCAAGGACGUCCUCCACAUCCAGCGCUGGAGACGUUGUAUCGCCACACAACUGUCUGUCUUCAGCAGCUAGCUCUCAUGGGCGUGAGUGCAGCACCGUUUGUUGACAUGAAGCGCGAAUUCAUUGACAUUUGAGGACGGGCUGUCCUUUAUGCUAUGAGCUGCCUUCUGUUCUAUGUCACGCUUUGCAUGGUUUUAUUAAAUGGUAUCUGUGUGUAAAUUUACGUGUGUCAACUAGUGUACAGUGUAUGGAUUAUGGUCAAAGAAUGUCCCCUUUCUCAAGUUUUAUUGGAUGCCAUCAAAGACCAG